GGUUCGGUGCCGACAGUGCCGCCACAGCUCUCGGAAGAGACGCCCGUGAUUUUGCACCCCCGCUCGAGCAGAAUUUACCGGACUAUACGACGAGGGUGCACCACGGCUCUCUGUCUUUCUCUCUCUCUCUCUCUCUUUCUUUCUUUCCCUCUAUCUCUUUCUUUCUGUCUAGUCUGUCUGUCUGUCACUAUCCACGCUCUCUCUCUUUCUCUAUCUGUCUUUCUCUCUCUCUCUCUCUCUCUCGCUCUCUCGCUCACUCACUCAUUCUCUCUCUCCCUCUCUCUAGAGCCUUUCCUCUUCUUUCUCGCACUCUCGCACAAGACAUCUUCCCUCGCGGCGGACUGUCUCUCCCUUUCUCGCUUUCGUCUUUUCUCCUCGUUGUCGUUGAACCGCUCGUACCAUUCGCGCGUCGCUACGUGCCCUCGGCGAAUAACACGGUGACAGAUGAUGAGUGAGUGUUGACGGAGUCGACCGCCGGAGUCUCGCCGCUGGUGAUCCCGACGCCUCGUGCUGGUGGGUGCUCGUGAUGCUAGUGACUCACUGAUACGAGGUGACCACGCUGUUUGCGAGAGUGCGAAUGUGUGGGCGGACGCGCCUUCUCCCCGCCGGUGUAUGUAUCUUGACGAACUGGCUAAUCGCGUCCAAGUCACAUCGCACCGACAGCCACCGUUCGGGCUCCUCUGCACGUAGUUCACGUGAUCCCGCUGGAACGCGAGCUGUAAACGUUGAGAGGGUCAGGGUGAUCGACCGGAGCGACGGGGUGAACGACGAUAUUCUGUGACGACGCGUAUCCAACGUGCGCUCAAGCUUCAUUGUCGAAGAACGGUGAAGCACACGAGGGUGCACGAUCGAGGGAAGGAAACAGACGUCUGGAUUCAUCGAUCAGACAUCGACCGCGGUCGACUCGCGCGCGCGUUUCCUCGGGAUGCUCUCAUAUCCGCGCGACACGCUGCAGUACGUGUCAUCAGCGAUUUACACGACAGCUUGUACGCUUCAGUGACGUGUUUAAUGAUCGAUGAUAGCGAGUCGCAGGCAAUCACGUGGUCAACUUUCACUCGUCCUCGCACGCAUAUAUUUAUAAUGAAAUUUACCCAGAGACUAAGUGUCGGCGAAAGGAGCCGAGAUUCCAGCGCUGCUAGCGUGGUCGGUCGAUGCUUAUAGCAGGUAGUACCAUGACACUCGUAGUCGCCGACAUUCGGAAUGAGCUAUGUGCAGGCACGGACUCCUUGACCUCUUAAAGUCGCAACACGACACGAGGAGUAUACAGCGCGAUGUGUAGCCCGCUCUCAACAAUAUAGCGAGCUAAGCUAAGCUCGCCUCGAGCAAAAGUCGCAACGGAAUAACUCAAGGUGGUAGCGAUCGAACUUCCUGAAAUUUCAAGAAGUUCGUCGUCGACUUGGAAGGCACGUCAAAUCGGCUUACACGCGCUUUACACGCCUUACCUCCGCGAGUCGCAAUACCGCCGUAACACCAUCGUAAUCUGUCAGACAGAACGGCGCGGUUUCCGAUAAGCGAGGUCAGUAGAAACUUCCAGGUGCGAGUCGCGCGAACAGCCGAAAAGUCUCCACCCCCACCACACCCCCCCGCUAUCCGUAACACACACGUGAACACUCUCGUCUGCGCGGCGUUUCGCGUAUUGACCGUCAACAGUAAAACGUCAUGAGUCCACCGGGUAUUUCACCCUACUUGCCCGUAAUACAUUCCUAGUAAAUCGAUCUGAGGCUACCGGAAAAACAAGCCGUCGCAAUUUCGCAGCGUGGCGCAUCACUGACGUGCAGAUACGCCCGCGCGCGAGAGGCUGAUGUCUUUUCUACGUGAACUCCGUGAACUUCCAGCCCUAGCUCACACAAGGCUCAGAGUACGAAGUAAUUGAAACGAGAUACAAUAUCUCCUUAUGGAAGAAAUCCUCAGUUUUCAAAUCAAGAUCCCGCAGACAGUGACAGCCAUUUCGUUCAAAUGUGAUACAAGUGUAUAAUGUGAGGUGUAAUUAACAGAGAGAAAGAUGCUUCACGUGGGUCCUCGCUGACGGGGAAAAACCGAUCCGAAGUGGCACAUCCGAGGUAACCCGGAUACAGACGCGGUGGGACCGAGGCGUCGCAUAAAUCGACGAAAAAAUAUCGAAAAAGGUAGAAAUCGUGAGAAAGCGCGAGACCGGCAUCCCGAUAUCCCUCUGUAAUUCUUUUACGCUCCGCACUCGAGGAUCCCGCUGGCUGGUCGACCAAUAACAGCGUAGCGUGUAUCGACCGACCGAGCAAUUGAGCCCCAAGGCAGUUUAGCGAUAGCAUGAGGCCGACAAGUCCAGGAUCGAAAGGGAUGAUCGAGCAAAGGUCCCAAUGACAUCUCGGCGGGGUGGGAGCGAGGGGUAUAAAAGUCCUCCCAGUCCUCCGAGCAGCGGUUCGGAGGACAAUGGUUUCACGAACCGGCCUCGAGUUGCCGGGCUCUAUGUGAAGAACCUCAGUAGAGAGGAGCUGGAUGAAUUGGCCAAGGAGGGCAUCUACGGGCCCACGGGCAAUCCGAACGACCGACCCAGAGACGGCGGUAGUCAGAGAAGCCUCAAUCUGCCGGGUAGCAGCAGGGACGGUCAGGAUUAUCUCAGAGGAGUGACCUCUAGAACACCUCAGCCACCCAGGAGAUCCGGCGUCGGAACUAGAUACCGAGAAGCCAGCGAACUAUCGGAGGACUUGGCGCGAAGGGAUCAUCAUGGCUCGCUUCCCUUGGAAAGAGGUUGGUCGAGGCGACUGGAAGAUCGUCCAGGCCAGGGCUCACCGGAGAGAUUCGUCCGAGGAUCCUCCGAGUUUCCUGCUGCCUGGAGAGAGCCACUCGCCCGGCCAGGCGCUACCGCAUCGCCCCGAGGAAGUUCCAUCGACGUGCGACUCAUUGGCGAGGAAUCCAGAAUGCCGACUCCAGGACCACGUCGUUUCGCGGAAGGUCCUAGACGCCCUCCAGAGGGACCUUCACCUCGCGUGACUCCCCCGAUUGGAACCGCCAGGGAGCAGGGAACGCCGGGACCGAUGAGACGAUCGCCACCACCGUACACGGGCCUGAGUCCACCCGAGUAUACCGAGGACUUGCGUAGAAUUUCCCCCAGAAGCGCGACAAGGUCCUACCAGAUCGACAGGGACUCGCCGUACGAACGUCCGUGCUCGCCGAUGCCGGUGCCGGACAAGGACUCUGGAAGCUCGAAACAAGCGAGUUCACGCGCCGACACCAGCAAGACAAAGGAUGUUCCAUCGAGUCCAUCGCAAACAACGGUAACGGAGAAGCCGACCUCUCCCGAGUCCAAGAAAAGCGAGUCACCACCGACGAAGAAGAGCGGCUCGAAGGUGCAGGACAGCACGAGACUGCGACCGCCGUUGGCUGGAACUGCCGGGACUUCCGCCGACUCCGGCACCGGCGAUUCCGGAAGCGCGGAGAUCCAGGCCGACGUUGUGGUGACUCCCCAAGCGACGUCGGGCGACAUUCUGGACGCCAACGCGGCCAAGAUCGACGGCAAGUCGCCCGGCUCGCGGACACCCGGUAGCAAGGGCGGCAAACAAACGGUCAAGCCGUUCACGAAGGAAAGUCUCGACAGGUUGGAGAACAAGACUGUGCAGUUAGUGCGCGACUAUGGCUUUCAACCGAAAAGAAAGAUGUCGGUGGAGGAUGGUGCAGUACUGCCAAACAAAUUCGAACCCUUCCCGACCGAGCUCUACGGCAGGCCGCUGGAGGAGAUCGACAAUUUCAUCUACGACGAGACGUUCUGCGUGGUGUCCAAGAGGUUCCGCAAGAACUACAUCCAUAGGUUUACGGCGACUAAUAGUUGGUUCAUAUUCUCACCGUGGAAUCCUAUACGGCGGUGCUGUAUCUUCCUAAGUACGAAUCAGUACUUCGAUUACGUGGUCAUGGCUACCAUACUUCUUAACUGCGUCUUCCUGGCCAUGACCGAAACCGUCGAGGAAGCCGAAUAUAUCUUCCUAGCCAUAUACACGGCGGAAAUGGUGAUAAAAUCAAUAGCAAAGGGAUUUAUACUGAACAAGUACACUUAUCUUCGGAAUCCCUGGAAUUGGUUGGACUUCGUGGUGAUUACCAGCGGCUACGCCACCAUCGGGAUGGAAGUCGGGAAUUUAGCCGGUCUCAGGACGUUCAGGGUGUUGAGAGCACUUAAGACUGUAUCCAUUAUGCCAGGUCUAAAGACUAUCAUCAACGCGCUGUUGCACAGCUUCAAGCAACUUGCCGAAGUAAUGACGCUGACGAUUUUCUGCCUGAUGGUUUUUGCACUGUUCGCUUUGCAGGUUUAUAUGGGUGAACUUAGAAAUAAGUGUGUGAAGCAUCAAGAGCCGAACGCCACGCAAAUCGAUUGGAUCGAGUGGACUUGGAACUCAUCCAAUUGGGCGUUCAACGAGGACGAAGAGCCAAUCAUCUGCGGCAAUGUAACCGGCGCCAGGCACUGCAACGAGAGCUACACUUGCCUCUGCGUUGGCCCUAAUCCAAACCACGGUUAUACCAACUUCGAUAAUUUCCUGUGGUCAAUGCUCACCACCUUUCAGCUGAUUACCCUGGAUUAUUGGGAAGACGUCUACAACAAGGUGUUGUCGGCAUGCGGACCUAUUAGCGUCUCAUUCUUCACGGUGGUCGUAUUCUUCGGAUCAUUCUACCUGCUGAACUUAAUGCUGGCCGUCGUGGCGUUGAGUUAUGAAGAAGAGGCCGAGAUCACGAAUGAGGAACGGCGGAAAGACUUAACGGACCAUCGCGAGGAUUCGACAUUUAGUUUUGACCCGUCGAAGAUCAAUAUCAAGACUCUGACGAAGGACAAACAGAAGAGGAUAGACGCCCGUAAAGGAGUGCUGCUCAGCAGUUACACGAGGAAAAAGACGCGUCGGAGAAAGCGCGGGAGGAGCAGCGCCGGUCAAGAGAAAAACGGUGGUGCACGCAGCAGAUCGGUGACGCCGAGUCCGAGCCCGAGUCCGAGGCAUUCCAACGUGCGACCUUCCCACUUGCCGCUGCAGAACGUUAGUCCCAGGCCGCCGGAGCCUCAUCGGCUGGUGCCGAACCGGCUGCACUCCAGACAGGCCAGCAACAAUAGCAAUCAGCAGUCGUCGUUAGACGACUCCGGCGUGGUGGACGACCACGACGGCGACGAUGUCACGUCCGCCGAGGAGCACGACAAGCGCGAGUCGCGGGAACACCGCGCCGAGAGGCAGGAGAAGUCCCCGAGGGAGCACGGCAGGGUCGGACAAGCGGCUGUCCCACGUCCGGACUGCCCGCCGGCGCCGGUCACCGUAUCAGUGAGGACCGGCAACCGGGAGAUCCGCGUGCUCAAGUGCAACGGGGUGAAAACCAAGAAACAUAUGUACGCGCUGCCGCCAGAGUACCUGUCGCACAUUGUAGUUUUAGAUGAUCUUCCAGAUAGAAACUGCGAUAGGUGUAUUCAAUGCUGCGUAGAUUACGAAGGAUGGCUACGAUUUCAGAAUUGCCUAUAUAAGGUUGUGAGAGAUCCCCUGUUCGAGUUAAUGAUCACCCUCUGUAUCGUCCUGAACACCGGCUUCCUGGCGAUGGAGCAUCACGGCAUGAGCGAGUCGAUACGACAGGCGCUCAACAUCGGCAACAAGGUAUUCACUAGCAUCUUCACGUUCGAAUGCUUCCUGAAGCUCCUGGCGCUGAGCAAGGACUUCUUCAACAACGGCUGGAACAACUUUGAUCUGAUCAUCGUAUCCGCGUCACUCAUCGACUUGACGUUCGAGCUGGUGGACGGUCUGUCGGUAAUACGCGGCCUGAGGCUGCUGCGCGUCCUCAAGUUGGCACAGUCUUGGACCACGAUGAAAGUCCUGCUCAGCAUCAUCAUCUCGACGAUCGGCGCGCUCGGUAAUCUGACCUUCGUGCUAGUGAUCGUGAUCUACAUAUUCGCGGUGAUCGGCAUGCAGCUGUUCAGCAAGGACUACACGCUGGACAAGUUCUACCCGGACCCGGUGCCGCGCUGGAACUUCAACGAUUUCUUCCAUUCGUUCAUGAUGAUAUUUCGCAUUCUGUGCGGCGAGUGGAUCGAGCCGCUGUGGGACUGCAUGCGAGCGGAGAAAGAAGACGGACCGGGCACCUGCUUCGCCAUCUUCCUGCCGGCGCUGGUGAUGGGCAACUUCAUGGUUCUCAAUCUCUUUCUUGCCUUGCUACUCAACAGCUUCAAUUCCGAAGAGCUGAAGCAGAAGAAGGAGGAGGUCGGCGAAGAGUCGAAGCUCGCGAGAUCGUUCGACCGUAUCAGAUCGAUCGUGCGUAAGCAGAAGCACCGGAAAGAGAAUUCGGAGAACGAGAAGAACAUACGGCUGGAGCAGAUCGUGCGCGAGGUAAUGGACAAGUCCGACAAGGAAAAGUACGCGAUCCAGGAGACCGUGCUGAGCCUUCCCAAAGACAAUAUUUACAAUAGAUCGUAUCAAGAGAGCCUCAAUCAGCCGUUCACGUAUGAUCCGAUCUACCGUCAGGCCACGCUGACCACCUACAGCCACGGCAGUCAGGAGAACAAGAAGCUCACCGAGAAAGGUAACAACAACGAAACCAACCCCGAGGAGAGUAUAGAGCUGGAGGUGCUCAAAGAUGCCAGCAAGACGGACGAAGAAGUCGCCAUGUUGCCGAUAGAGAAGCCACCUGCUCGGAACGAGGAACGCAAAGACAAACGUCCUUGGCAUGCUCUCGUGAGUUACGUGGACGAAUUGACGGUCGGAGGCAGAAGAGACAGUAAAGGAAGAUACAUCGACGGGAUGGGCUCGUUCCCGGGGUUUGGCAGGAACAAGGAAUGCAGAGAGCCGCUAGAUUGCUUUCCUCAGCAUUGCUACCAAAAGUGUAGUUGUAUCAAUCGUUGCCUCGCCACGGACAUCGGCAGGAAGUGGAUAAGAAUCCGUACGGUCGUCCUAUCGGUGGUGGACACACCCGCCUUCGAGUGGAUGAUCUUAGUUUUAAUUUUCGCAUCUUCCAUAACGCUGUGCUUCGAGGACAUCUACUUAGACGACAAUCCUUUUUUGAAGAAGAUUCUCUAUUGGACCAAUCUUGGCUUCUGCACACUUUUCAGCGUCGAGAUGCUCCUGAAAUGGCUAGCCCUAGGCUUCUGUAAAUACUUCACCAGUUUCUGGACAAUCCUGGAUUUUAUAAUCGUUUUCGUAUCCAUGUUUAGUCUUUUGAUAGAAGAAAAUGAGAACCUCAAGGUAUUACGAUCGCUGAGAACGCUACGCGCCUUGAGACCACUGAGGGCGAUCUCGAGAUGGCAAGGCAUGAGGAUCGUAGUGAACGCGUUGAUGUAUGCAAUACCUAGUAUAUUCAACGUGCUCCUCGUGUGUCUCGUGUUCUGGCUGAUUUUUUCAAUAAUGGGCGUCCAAUUCUUCGGCGGCAAGUUCUUCAAGUGUGUCGAUGAGUACGGGGAACUGUUGAAUAUUUCGAUAGUGAAUACGAAAGAAGAGUGUUUCAGCAAAAACUACUCUUGGGAGAACAGCAAGAUCACUUUCGACCACGUCGGCAUCGCUUACUUGGCCUUGUUUCAAGUGGCGACCUUCGAGGGAUGGAUGGAAGUGAUGGAAGAUGCUGUCGACGCGAGAGGUGUGGAUCUGCAACCACAGAGGGAGGCGAAUCUAUACGCUUACCUUUAUUUUGUCAUCUUCAUCGUCUGUGGCUCAUUCUUCACGCUCAAUCUCUUUAUCGGAGUGAUCAUAGACAACUUUAACAUGCUGAAGAAAAAGUACGAAGGUGGAGUGUUAGAAAUGUUUUUGACCGAGAGUCAAAAACACUACUACACUGCCAUGAAAAAACUAGGCCGUAAAAAGCCGCAAAAAGUAAUAAAACGUCCGAUGAACCAAUUCCUCGCAAUGUUCUACGACCUGUCCAAUUCUCGCAGAUUCGAAAUAGCUAUCUUCGUUUUGAUAUUUCUCAACAUGCUGACGAUGGGAAUCGAGCACUAUAAUCAGCCUCAUCCCAUCUUCUUCGUCCUCGAAGUGUCGAACGCGUUUUUCACGACCGUCUUCGGCCUGGAGGCGAUCGUCAAAAUAAUAGGUCUGCGUUAUCACUACUUCACUGUACCGUGGAACCUGUUCGACUUCCUACUGGUAGUGGCAUCCAUCCUGGGCAUACUGAUGGAGGACAUCAUGAUCGAUUUCCCUGUGUCCCCGACGCUCUUGCGAGUCGUGAGGGUGUUCAGAAUCGGUAGAAUCUUGAGGCUCAUUAAGGCUGCAAAAGGUAUCCGCAAGCUGCUCUUCGCCCUUGUCGUCAGUCUUCCAGCACUCUUUAACAUCGGGGCCCUGCUGGCCCUGAUCACGUUCAUCUACGCCAUCAUCGGCAUGUCCGUUUUCGGACACGUCAGGAAACAAGGCGCAUUGGACGAUAUGGUGAAUUUCGAAACCUUUGGUAGAAGUAUGCAGCUGUUGUUCCGUUUGAUGACCUCGGCUGGGUGGAACGACGUAUUGGAAUCGCUGAUGGUGCAACCGCCCGAAUGCGACCCCACUCCGAACAGCCGACAGAUGAACGGAGAUUGUGGAUAUCCUUUGCUGGCGAUUACGUACUUCACCUCAUUCAUUAUCAUCAGCUACAUGAUAGUCAUUAAUAUGUAUAUCGCCAUCAUUUUGGAGAAUUUCAAUCAAGCUCAUCAGGAGGAGGAGAUUGGCAUCGUCGAGGAUGACUUGGAGAUGUUUUACAUCCGAUGGUCGAAGUACGAUCCACACGCAACUCAAUUUAUCAGCUUCUCUCAGCUGAGCGACUUUAUAGCGAGCCUGGACCCGCCGCUGGGGAUAUCAAAGCCCAACGUGGUAGCGUUGGUGAGCUUUAAUCUUCCCAUCGCAAAGGGUAACAAGAUUCAUUGUCUGGACAUCCUGCACGCACUCGUCAAGCACGUUCUCGGGCACGUCGAGGAAUCGGAUGACUUCAGAAAGCUACAGGAGCAGAUGGACGUCAAGUUCAAGAAACAGUUUCCGACUAGGAAAGAAUUGGAGAUAGUGUCUUCCACGAGAAUCUGGAAACGGCAAGACAAAGCUGCCAAGUUGAUUCAACAUUCUAUAAGAGAGUUCAUUGCGAUGAAGAGGGAGCGUGAGAGAAUCGCUCAGGAAGUGGACUCUCAGACGCAGACCUCGAGUCCGGGUGGCAUGGACGGUAGGGGCGGGAGUGGAUGGGGCGGUAAGCUGUCGGCCCUUCUGCAUGUGCAUCGGGGUAGCCGGGCAAGUAGCCGCAAGUCCUCCAGGGCCAGCGACGCCAGCGACCUUAGCGAACUCGGAACUGCCUCGGCGUGGCUGUUUCCUAAUCUUCCUCUGCUAUUGCUCUCCGGCGCCACCGGAACCCACGAGGACCUGCAACCUCCGGCUCUGACCGUAUCCCGUCCCUCGCCGACCACCGAACAGCCCUCCGCCGCUUCCAGCUCCGGCUCGGACUCCCACGCCACUGUCAGGUCACUUGGUCCUACCCUGGGUCGGCAGGACGCAGUGGAGAAGUACCCGGAGGAGGACGUGGUCAGUCCGCCGAUCUCGAAGCGUGGCUCCUUGAGGUCGAGCGGCACCACGCUCUCGCUCAACACGCUGCAACGGGACAUCAAGGAGGCGUUUAACCGGCGCUGCGGCAGCCUGAGACGACGGGCGCCAGCGCCGGAGCCAGUGCAGCUGCCGGUCGAGGGUAGUGACGUAAGCAUCCUGGUAACGGAGCCGAGCCCGGAGAACACCGCGCCACCCUCGAGGCCGCCGCUGCUCAGGCAGCAGUCGGAAGCGACGGUGGUGCAUGUGCUGGUGCACAGAGAAAGCGAGGAGUACCAGGACACGCCGGACGACAGCUGAUCGUAGUCGACGCGGUCAGGGGUCUCCGACGACGAUCGCGACGAUGACGAUGGCGGCAGCGACGACGGCGGCGGCGACAGCGCGACUCAGUGAUAGUUGAUACGUAGAGACGUACAUGUAGACUUUUCACACACAGAUCUAACUAGGUAAGACGGUCCGCGUGACUUCUUCGAGGCAAAUCUCCUCGAGGCCGGGUGCGACUUGUGUAUGUUUCGUCGAAGUGUCGGAUCGGACUUGCGCGUGGCGAUGGUUCUCGACCAUGGCGAUAUCGGGGGAAGUUCUGACGUUAGACGCUCCAGAAGAUAGAUUCUUCGCUAAAUUGAUUUCGUGGUUACCCAAAAUUACCGAAGCGGUUCUUCGUUCUGCUAGAAAGAAACUUAGCUGAGAACGCGAGAUCAAAUCUAAUGGUAGCCUCGUGAUUGUCGAGAAAAUGUCAAUCGAUCGGUCGUUCUUAUCUGCGAGGUUCAAUAACGGAUAUAACGUUUCUUUACUUUCCGACAGAAAUGAAGUGAUAUUUUCGUUGUUUCGAGGAUUCUAUCCGACGAAGCACUAACGAUACUUUUUAAAUGUCCGCCUAAUCAAGGCGUCUAGCUGUCGAUACACUUUCGCUUGAAUGUCGCGGGAGAAGGUCGAGAGCCAUUACGUCGAGAAACGAAGGAAGGGACAAGGACGAAAUUGAAAAAAAAGAUUUUCAACAGUUUUUCCAUUACGGUAGAAGGCCGAGCAGGUCGUUGGGGGAACAUCGUUGUCAUGUUGACGCGACGUUGCUCUUGGAUAAAGAAAGAAAAAAAGACAUGAGACAUUCCUCUGACGGCGAGAAAGUAAUGAUGAAUUACCAGCGUAGCGGAAAUACCAGAUGUAGCCGUUUUCAGGAAACUAGAACAAUACGAGGAGUACUUAUUGCAUUAUUAUAUCCCGAUAAAAAGUUGAUUCGCGACACUAGAAAUGUGUGUAUGUGUGUAUGUGUGCGUGUGUGUGUAUGUGUACAUAUAAUAGAGAUAACGGAUACAAUUUAUUACAUUAUGAAUUUUUACUACGUAAAAGAAUCCACACAUUAACGCGGUUGACGAAUCAUUACUAUCGUAAGCUCUAAGGACAACUUAAUGCUUUUUUCCAGAGACACUUUGAGAUAUGAAUCUUGGACGCACUUUAAAUGCGCGCGUUUCCGACACCAUUUGAUCGUACUGAUUUGUACAAACUAUACGCGGCACCAGUUUGCCUUUAGCAAUUUUCUCUAUGCCGUGUAAUUAAUAUAGUAUAUAUAUGAAGCAGAGAGAGAGAGAAAGAGAGAGAGAGAGAGAGAGAGAGAGAGAGAGAGAGAUCGCAUUAAUUGUGACAAAUCAGAAACAUAAUUGCAUUGUGAUUGCACUAGACUUGUACAAACUAACAAUCAACGCCAGUCGAUGCUUCCGCGGCAUUCGAAUUUAUUGCAUAAUUGCCGCUAAUCAACUAUCGCGAUAGUGAAACUUCAAAGUCGUACCAAUGUUGAUGCAACUGACUUUCUUUUAUGUUCUGAGACAGCGACUAUUUCUAGUAACUUGCGCUACUCUGGUAAGAAUACGCUUUCAUCUCAAUUAUUAAUUUGUCUCUUCGAUGUGUUUUGGAUAAAGCGAAAAAAGAAUUCAGUUAUCCAAUAGGCGUUGAGCAUUUAUAUAUAAACAUCAAUCACAUAUAUAAAUAAUUAGAAUUUCCAACGUUGAAAUUCUGAAUUGAAAACACUUUGAGAUAAUUGGAAUUGCCAAUAUCGGAAAUCUAAAAUGUAAUUAUCGGGAACGAUAUUAUUUGAAGUCUCCAAUUAUCUCAUCGCGAAAUUUCAAUCGCUUGCUUAUUAUUCGGAAUAGCAUUUCGGUGUUGCUAUUUAAUUCCAUUAAAUUCUCAGGCUCAUGGCCCUGUUAGCUUCUUAACACUGAUUUAACGCGGCUUUAGUGAAUGAAAGUGAGACAGAGAAAAAGAAAGAAAGGAAAAAGGAGAGCGAUAUUUGCAUUCACAUGCACGUACAGAGGCGCUCCUCGGUACGGAUAAUAAUUGAAACUACCUUUUUACUAACUCUACAUUUAUACAUUGCGUAAUCCUUGUCUCUUACGUCGUAAUUAAGGGUGGUCGGACCAAAUAUGGGCACAUUCGAUUCUGUUGAACGAUGUUUUCUUCAAAAAAUGGAAAAAAGAGAAAAAGAGAAUCUAGAUCGUUAGCAUGUAGAUGAUGCAGACCGCCCGGAGUUUGUUACGAAGAACGAAUUUUAUUGGUAUACAAAAAGAGUACUGCCUCAAAUCUUAGGAUAAAAUCACUCGCGUCACUAACGGCGAGGAAGGUCGUAAAAAAAAACAAAUAAAACGAAAACAGAGAUAAUGUGGCUUCCUUCGGUGAUCGUGAUUAUUAUCGUAUAACCAAAGUAUUCGAAUCCGUUUCUUACAGUGACCACCUUUGGAUUAGCGAACCAGUUGUCGUGAUCGCAAAACGACCAGCUGAUCGCAGCGUAUCAGUCGACAGAGUUGGGUGUCUACGCUUAAUCGACGGUACGAUAGCUUCACGAAUAAAACAAGAAACAACACAUCAAAUGCAAACAAGUAAAUUAUUAAAAACUCCAAAAGCUAGUAGUAGCUUUCGCCUCGACACGCGACAAAAGACAAUCUGCGACAAUUCGAGCUACACACGUGUGUUAGAGAUUUAAAAAAUGUAUGGUAAUAACAAAAUUAUUCACAUUAAGUUAAACGUGACGUUCCGUUCGUUUUGAAGCCAUAGAGAUUAAUUUCGAUUCUCUCGCCAUUGUUGAAAUAACUUAAUUAUUUUAUGCGACAUGUAAUAUUGGGAUUAUUUCGGUAAUUUGAAAUUACUGCGAUAAUACGCGACGUUCUUCUCAAUAGAGCACACAUAUUCGUAGAGUGCGCUCAGUAUAAAUUUACAAUUGCAUAAAUCUCUCACGAGACGCUUCAAACGAGAGACAGGCUCUCCGCGUGGAUCACGCGUAAAUCCCCAACACUGUCCGUCAGCCAGCCUCAUUGUCGCACGUCGCAAGGCGAAGCGCCAAGAGGCGCUCUCGUUCGAUCAUUCAUCGCUUACGGUAUCGCGCGAAGGUAUCCUCGCGAAUCGACGAAGGAGGGGACCGCUCGAGAACCGAUCUUUCGCUCCGACACGAAGAAUUUCUACAGUCGCGACGAUCGUAAUACAUCGUACUGCCAUAGCAAUGCUCGAGCAAUUAGGCGCAUUUUCCGUUGCGUUGCGUACGUAGAAACCGUCGAGGCAAGGAACGCUUGAGAACGACGACGUUCCCGUGUACGUCCACGUCCCUAUUUAAUAACGGCGCGGCUCCGACUUACGCUUCUCUCGAUUCUCUCCGCUGCGCAUUCGCAGCAUUUAGAAAGACCUCCGAAGGCAAGAUACCGCACAAAACGACACGCAUACUUUACAUCAUGUUACAGCAGCUUUUCUCGUUGCACUUUUGCUAUUCCCUAGCCGCGCGUUGGCCGCUCAACCCUUCCAGCGCGACGCCAAAAGAAAGACUUAGGAUAUUUAAAAUAAUAAACGGUGAAUGAACGGAGUAAUAAAGCGAGCAACCUUUAACAAAUUCUACGCGCAUUCCAACGCAUUUCUUUAAGCGAAAUCGUUGAUAAGGCUGCAUCUCUCUCUUCGGUGUUAGAUUAUGUUCGUGUGACGCGCAAUCAGGGCGCUUGAAUAGUCACGCGGAGGAUCGAACGUUUACGAUGGACCAAGUGAUUCUAUUUUAGCUACUCUGUGCAAUGCAUUGCCGAAAAGACGCGGGAAGGGUUGAGUUCACUCUCGAGAACGAUUUCUGACAAAGGAGCGCUCUCGCCGCUGCAUACGCGAACGACUUGCAAUCGCGCGCUUUGGCAACCUUCACUAUCAAGAAUCGUUGUCGAGGGUGAAGCUGCCAACUGGACUCUCCGAUCGUAGCCUUAGUUUCACAAUUGAUUUAUAUGAGCUCUUAAGAGCGGCUUCUGGCAGAGAUAUCUAGCUAUUCGAUUCGAUCUUACACGCGUUUGUUCUUGAAUUCUCCUUGAGAGCUACGGCACUUUUAUCGACUUGAAAUUACUCGUAAAAAUUGAAUUCGCGCGACUGGUGGGUGUCCCCGAUAAAUAAUCCAGUCUUGUCGAAGUGUUAAGCCCUUUUAACGCACAAAGUCUUGCAUAAUAAUCUUCUUGAAUUCCAAUCAUAUUACGCGACGUAUUUUCUCCAUUACUCGUCAGUCCAAAUUCUUGCUUGUAUCUUUCGCAUCGUUUCCGUUCUAUCAUAGAUCACGUACACCUACAUCCACGAGUGUUCGCAACAAUGCGAACAGAUCUCAUGUGAGUAUCUCAAGAUCGAUUUUUAACGACCGCACGAUGGAUCUGUUUGAAUUGUAAUAAAAAAAGGAAAGAUAAUAAUCCAAAACUGGCCGCGCGCAACGCGAUAUCGCGCAACCCGGUGUGCCAUUAAGAAUUAUCACAACGCGAGUCCUGAUACGCAAGAUCCUUCACAGGACCGGCUUUAGCUAUCUUCAGGUCUCGUUCGCCUCUGGCAAAUCGUAGUGUUACUUUGUAUUCGUUUACACGUGCGUGCACUUCACUGUUUCCUCCGAAACGCCGCUCCUGCAAAUGUAUCUCGCCUAGACACGUAGAGCCGGGCCUGGGCCUUUGUUAUCAAAAGAAAAGAAAGAGAGAAUGGAAAAAAAGAAACAUUAUCCUAUCCCCCUGCAAAGGAUAAACGCGUGAGGCUGGCUUCGCUAGGUUUCAUUAGAGUCUCAGACGAACGGGUAACACCCGUGGGCGCACGUUCGAAUUUUCAUGGACAACGAAUUAUUUUAAGGGACAUCUCUCGUAUAUUUUUUAUCCUAGAUAAGCGCAUUAUGUUCCGACGAUCCAACAGAACACUUCGGGGAACCACAGUGACGACCGUCACUCUCCAUGAAGGAGAACACCGCCACCAAUUUUACUUUCCCUUUGUAGACGGAAACGUUGCCGCUGAAAUGCCAUAACCUCAUGUUGACCUAUAGUGCCUAUUAUCAAUUAGCGGACACUGAGUGAUUGGGUAUCGUUGCCGAAUUCCCGUUUUACAAGUAUCCCGGCCCGUACGACGCAAAUAUUCGAUCGAUGUACUCGGAUGACGUCCAAAUUUAAUUCCUAACGACACUUAAUUAUCUUAUUCGUGCACGUGAGAAAAAAUAAUAAGAUGUCUGAGCCAUCAAUCUUAAAUAUCCACAGAUAAUUUGGCAAACGAUAAAUAUAUAUAGGAUUACACGGGACAGAUUCGUUCGCGAACAAAGGAAAUUAAGUAAUAGAAAAGCAGACGAGGGGAGUCGCAUUUUGUCGCUUACUGAGCGUUUUUUCCAGUGUAGUUGAAGGUUUAGUAUUAUUCAUAUAUUCAUACAUUCAUAUACAUUAUUUAUACAUUCAUUUCUGAGAGAAAGAUGCCGUCUAUCAGAGCCGAUAACAGAAUCAUUAAAAUGUCCGAGUACACUCGUCGUAUGUCUACGGCGUACAAUAGGUGAUGUUGACACGUGUAUAGAGUAAACUAGACCCGCGUAGAAUUAUUACGAUAUACACACAUAUACAUAUAAUAUCAGACAACGUUAAUCAGACCGUAGUACUUCUGCGCUUGACAAGCUUGACACAACUCCGUUUGCGUGCGUGAAAAAGGAAAAGAAGAAAAAAAAGGGAAGCGGAAGAAAAAGGGAAGUGGAAGAACGUUCUCUCGAUUGGCGAUUCAGCGACGAAUUUGCGGAUCGACGGACGGGUAUCCGGGAUCCUCGGGAGCUGGUUUUCACGAGGCAUAUAUGAUAAAAUUAUAUGUCAAUUAAAAAUUAUAGAUAUACUGUAUACACACACACACACAUACAUAUAUACACAUGCAUACAUACAUAUAUACAUACACACAUGCAGAGAGAGAGACGCGAGGGAAGCGCGCGUGCACUCGUAAACGCGCGAUCUCGUGAUCAUCAAAGAUCGCAGCAUAAUCGAUCGGAAACGUCGCGAUUACACGUGCACGCACGUCUGUCUCUACGCAUAAAUACUUGUAAAUAUAUACAUAGAUAAAGUAAAUGAAUUAACGAUACUAUAUAUAUAUAUAUAUAUAUAUAUAAAUAUAUAAAUAUAUUAAUUAACGGAACGGGAGAGACUGGACGUAUGCUAGCUGCACCCUCGAGAGGCUGCAACUUCUUUGAAAAUUGUACAAUCAUGCGUGGGCGACCGCCAAGGCGUCCCAUGUGAGAGAUAUUACUCUAUAUAGAGCACUAAUUAGUCUUUCUAAUCGCGCGUAUCUGCGUAUGUGUGCGAAUGAAUAAUUGCGUAUGCUCAAGCCUACACGUACUCGUUGGUAUAACAUGUACACAUAUAUAUGAAAACACAUAUACAUACACAUACAUCAAAUACACACGUGCGUACGUGUGCAUGCGUACGUGACAAUACUACUAUACGUACGGUAGCAUGUGAAGAAUCGAAGAGUUGGGACGACAGUUUGUAUCGCUGUUACUUGGAGUUACAGUAUCGCUCUAUACAUGGCUAGGACCACUGCGGAUGCGAGAGAAAUAGAAUUUGCUGCGAUUUGCGCGAGUGAGCGAGAGCAAAAGUCACGAACGAGCGCGAUGUUCGUGCUGUAAGCUUUCUCGAAAAGCUCCAUUUUCGCUCCCUUUCUCCCGCCCUCCACCCUUUCAUUCCCUCCUUCUCGCUUGAGAUGAAGGGUUCAGGUCGUGUUUAUCAGGGCUAUAAAAAGGGCUACAUAGACGAAUUGUGUAUAUUCAGAUGAUAUGAUGCACAGGGGGCAAAUUACAUAGAAUAUAUAUAUAUAUAUAUAUAUAUAUAUAUAUAUAUAUAUAUAUAUAUAUAUAUAUAUAUAUAUAUAUAUACA